AUGAUGUGCUUAAAGAUCCUGAGAAUAAGCCUGGUGAUUCUGGCCGGGUGGGCACUCAGUACUGCCGGCUCUGAGCUGGGCUGGACACGCAAGAGAUCCCUGGUUCAGAGGGGACACCUGAAUCAGGUGCUGUCAGAAGGAGAACGCUGUUGGCUGGGGGCCAAGGUUCAAAGACCCAGAGCUGCUCCCCAGCAUCACCUCUUUGGGGUUUACCCCAGCAGGCCUGGGAACUACCUGAGACCCUACCCUGUGGGGGAUCAGAGAACCCACCAUGCAGGUCAUAGUAAGCCAAUUGCCAAGGGAGUGGCUGUGAGCCGUGUUCCCCCAGACCCGACUGGAAGUGCCGGAGUGAGGAGUGAGGCUGAGCAGCCUGCUGCCCCUUGGGCAGGGGAUGGUCCUGUUGGGCAAUCGGAGCUGCCGGGACAUGAUGACACUUAUCAUGGCGAUCCGGGAUCUGAGGAAUCUCUAGGUGAGGCUGGGAUUCAGGAAUGCUCAGCCACGGCUGCCACCAUUACCAGCAGCUUCGCCAGCCCAAAGGAACCCGAACCAGAGACCCAAAGGAAGGGCCGGGCCAAGACCAGGCGUCGUCGGCAGGUGGCGAAGGGGCAGGCAAAGGGCAUGCGGGGAGACCCCAGUGUCUCUCCCCGGCAUUUCCAACCUUGGCCCAAGCAUCCCCUUAUGCACGGGGUCAGAACCAGUCCAUUGGAGGACAGCAUCCAGGAUGGUGGAGGGGACCCCUACUGGGAAGCAGAGACCUUUAACCCCCAGGGAGGAUUGCCUGUCUUGUACUUCUCCGGGAGGCGGGAGCGGCUGCUGCUGCGUCCAGAAGUGCUGGCUGAGAUUCCCCGGGAGGAGUUCACGGUGGAAGCCUGGGUGAAACCGGAGGGAGGACAGAACAACCCAGCCAUCAUAGCAGGUGUGUUUGAUAACUGCUCCCACACUGUCAGUGACAAGGGCUGGGCCCUGGGCAUCCGCUCAGGGAAGGACAUGGGAAGGCGAGAUGCUCGCUUCUUCUUCUCCCUUCGCACUGACCGCGUGAAGAAAGCCACCAUUGUGAUUGGCCACAGUCGCUACCAACCAGGCACGUGGACACACGUGGCAGCCACUUACAACGGACAGCGUAUGGCCCUGUAUGUGGAUGGCACUCAGGUAGCCAGUAGCUCAGACCAGUCUGGUCCCCUGAACAGCCCCUUCAUGGCAUCUUGCCGCUCUUUGAUCCUGGGGGGUGAUGGCUCUGAGAACGGGCACUAUUUCCGUGGACACCUGGGCACAUUGGUCUUCUGGUCAACUGCUCUCCCACAAAGCCACCUCCAGCACAGUCCUCAGCAUCCAAGUGGCGUGGAGGAGUUGACUACCCUGAUCCUGACAGCCAGUUUUGAGCCCCUGGAAGAACAGUGGGCCCCCUUUAGAGAUGCGAAGUACCCAAGGCUUGAGGUUCUCCAGGGCUCUGAGCCAGAGCCUGAGAUUCUCUCACCUUUGCAGCCCCCACUCUGUGGGCAAACGGCUUGUGACAAUGUGGAACUGAUCUCUCAAUACAAUGGUCACUGGCCCCUUCGGGGAGAGAAGGUGAUACGCUACCAGGUGGUGAACAUCUGUGACGAUGAGGGCCUGAACCCCACCGUGAGUGAGGAGCAGAUCAGUCGGCAGCAUGAGGCGCUGAAUGAAGCCUUCAACCGCUACAACAUCAGCUGGCAGCUGAGCGUCCACCGGGUCCACAACUCCACCCUGCGCCACCGGGUCGUGCUUGUGAACUGUGAGCCCAGCAAGAUUGGUAAUGACCAUUGUGACCCUGAGUGUGAGCACCCACUCACAGGCUAUGACGGGGGCGACUGCCGCCUGCAGGGCCGGUGCUACUCCUGGAACCGCAGGGAUGGGCUCUGCCAUGUGGAGUGCAACAAUAUGCUGAACGACUUUGAUGAUGGGGAUUGCUGUGACCCUGAGGUGACUGAUGUGCACAAGACCUGCUUCGACCCAGACUCACCCAAGAGGGCAUAUAUGAGUGUGAAGGAGCUGAAGGAGGCACUGCAGCUCAACAGUACUCACUUCCUCAAUGUCUACUUUGCCAGCUCAGUGCGAGAAGACCUUGCAGGUGCUGCCACCUGGCCUUGGGACAAGGAAGCCAUCAGUCACCUGGGUGGUGUUGUCCUCAACCCAUCCUACUAUGGCAUGUCUGGCCAUACCAACAUCAUGAUCCACGAGGUGGGGCAUGUCCUGGGACUCUACCAUGUCUUCAAAGGGGUCAGUGAAAGAGAAUCCUGCGAUGACCCCUGCAGGGAGACAGUGCCAUCCAUGGAUACGGGAGACCUCUGUGCUGACACUGCCCCAACUCCCAAGAGUAAGCUGUGCCAGGACCCAGAGCCUACCAAUGAUACCUGUGGCUUCACCCACUUCCCAGGGGCUCCAUUCAGUAACUACAUGAGCUAUACAGAUGAUGACUGCACUGACAACUUCACCCCUAACCAAGUGGCCCGAAUGCAUUGCUAUUUGGACCUUGUAUAUCAGCAGUGGAGUCAAAGCAGAAAGCCCACCCCCAUUCCCAUCCCACCCAUGGUCAUCGGGCAGACCCACAAGUCCCUCACUAUCCACUGGCUGCCUCCAAUUAGUGGAGUUGUGUAUGACAGGGCCCCAGGCAGCGUGUGUGGGGCCUGCACUGAAGAUGGGACCUUCCGUCAGUACGUGCAUACAGCUUCCUCCCGGCGCGUGUGUGACUCCUCAGGUUACUGGACUCCAGAGGAGGCUGUGGGGCCUCCAGAUGUGGAUCAGCCCUGUGAACCGAGCUUACAGGCCUGGAGUCCCGAGCUCCACCUGUACCAUAUGAACAUGACGGUCCCCUGCCCUUCGGAAGGUUGUAGCCUGGAGCUGCUCUUCCGGCACCCAGUCCAAGCCGACACCCUCACCCUGUGGGUCACCUACCUCUCCAUGGACUCCUCACAGGCACUCUUUGAUACGGAGAUCUUGGUGGAACACCAGGAGUCUGUGCACCUGGGCCCCUUAGACACUUUCUGUGACACCCCCCUCACUAUCAAACUGCACGUUGAUGGGAAUGUCUUGGGGGUGAAAGUCUACACCUUUGAUGAGCGGAUGGAGAUUGACGCAGCUCUCCUGACUUCUCAGCCCCACAGUCCCUUGUGUUCUGGCUGCAGGCCUGUGAGCUACCAAGUUCUCCGGGAGCCCCCAUUUGCCAGUGGCUUGCCCAUGGUGGUGACACAUCCUCACAGGAAGUUCACGGACGUGGAGGUCACACCUGGGCAGAUGUAUCGGUACCAAGUUCAAGCUGAGGCGGGAGCAGAACUGGGAGAAGCUUCGCCUCCUCUGAGCCACGUCCACGGAGCCCCUUACUGUGGAGAUGGGAAGGUAGCAAGGAGCCUGGGAGAAGAGUGUGAUGAUGGAGACCUUUUGAAUGGAGAUGGCUGCUCAAGAGCAUGUGAACUAGAGGAAGGCUUCAACUGUGUAGGGGAGCCAAGCCUGUGCUACAUAUAUGAGGGAGAUGGAAUAUGUGAGCCUUUUGAGAAGGAAACCAGCAUCAUAGACUGUGGCCUCUAUACUCCCAGAGGAUACCUGGAUCAGUGGGCUACCCAGGCUUACUCCUCUCAUGAAGACAAGAAGUGUCCUGUUUCCUUGGUAACUGGAGAGCCCCAUUCCAUGAUUUGCACGUCAUACCAUCCAGAUUUAGCAGAGCACCGUCCCCUAACUGGCUGGUUUCCCUGUGUCACCCGUGGAAAUAGACCUCAGGAUGAAGGGAGUGAGCGGCCAGAAGGUAGCCUGGAGAGAGAGGAUGAGGUUUGGCUCAAAGUGUGUUUCAGUAGACCAGGAGUGGCCACGGCAGUUUUCCUUUUCUUGACAUCUGAUGGCCUGGUACCUGGGGAACAUCAGCGGCCAACAGUGACCCUCCUCCUGACUGAUGUCAGUGGAAACAACCACUCCCUUGGAACCUAUGAACUGUCAUGCCAACAUAACCCUCUGGUUAUUAAUGUGACCCAUCACCCAAAUGUCCUGUUCCACCGUACCACCUCAGUGCUGCUGAAUUUCUCAUCCUCAUUGGUGGGCAUCUCAGCGGUGGCUCUAAGGACAUCCUCCCACAUAAGUCCUUCAGCUCCCAAUAACUGCAUCCCAGAGCAUGAGGGGCCAAAUCAUCAGGGACAGAGCUGUGUCCAUCGGCCCUGUGGGGAGCAGGGCAGCUGUGCGCCAUUGCUGCUUGAUCAUGCGGAUGUGGUGAACUGUACGUCUGGUGGCCCAGGUCACAUGAAAUGUGCUAUCACCUGUCAAAGGGGGUUUGCCCUUCAGGCCAGCAGUGGGCAGUACCUCAGACCCAUGCAGAAGGAAAUUCUGCUCACGUGUUCCUCUGGGCACUGGGACCAGGCUGUGAGCUGCAUGCGCCUUGACUGUGGCAUCCCCGACUCAUCUUUAGUGAACUACGCAACCUUCUCCUGCUCAGAGGGAACGGACUUUCUGAAACGCUGCUCAAUCUCCUGUGUCCCACCAGCCAAGCUUCAAGGACUGAGCCCGUGGCUGACCUGUCUUGAAGAUGGGCUCUGGUCUCUCCCCGAAGCCUACUGCAAGUUGGAGUGUGAUGUUCCCCCUGUUAUCCCGAACGCCAACUUGCUCGUGCCUCACUGCCUCCAGGGCAACCAUGACGUGGGCUCUGUCUGCAGAUAUGAAUGCAAACCCGGCUACUACAUGGUGGAGAGUGUGGAGAGUAAAGUCAGGAACAAGUUCCUGAAGAUACAGUGCCUGGAGGGUGGAAUCUGGGAGCAAGGCAGCUGCGUCCCAGUGGUUUGUGAGCCCCCUUCUCCUGUCUUUGAAGGCAUGUAUGAAUGUACCAAUGGCUUCGAGCUCAACAGCCAGUGUGUGCUCAAAUGUAACCAGGAGAGUGAAAGGCUUCCCAUCCUUUGCACUAAGGAGGGACUGUGGACUCAGGAGUUCAAGUUAUGUGAGAACCUGCAAGGGGAAUGUCCACCACCUGCCUCAGAGCUGAAUUUCGUGGAGUACAAGUGUGAACAGGGGUAUGGGAUUGGUGCAGUGUGUUCCCCAUCAUGUAUAAUCCCCCCUAGCGAUCCUGUAAUUCUGCCUGAGAACAUCACUGCUGACACGCUGGAGCACUGGAUGGAACCUGUCAAAGUCCAGAGCAUCGUGUGCACUGGGCGGCGCCAAUGGCACCCAGACCCCUUCCUGGUCCACUGCAUCCAGUCGUGUGAGCCUUUCCAGGCGGAUGGUUGGUGUGACACUAUCAACAACCGGGCCUACUGCCGCUACGAUGGGGGAGACUGCUGCUCCUCCACACUCUCCUCCAAGAAGGUCAUUCCAUUUGCUGCUGACUGUGACCUGGAUGAAUGCACCUGCCGAGACCCCAAGGCUGAAGAAAAUCAGUAACUGUGGGAUCCAGCUCCUCCUUCCACUGCCCUGGAGGCAGUAAGAAAGAGAGGCUUCCCCAAAAGGAAACAAAAGGUGAAUGAAGAAGAAAGACCAUGAAAUGAGGAAAGGAGGAAGAAUGCGAAGGAUCUAUAAGAAAUGCAAGAGGAUGUUUAUAGGUGCCAGUGAUUGCAUCAAGUAGCCCAAAUAGGGAAGAAUCAUAGGCAAAAGUUUCUUCCAAGAGGCAGUUGCUUAAAAGUGGAAGAAGAAAUAUGAUAGAUAUACAAGGAUCCUCCUCCCUCAUUUAUAUUCUAUCCAACCCCAUCCUCAACUCUUGCCCUACUCCCCUACUCCCCACUCUGCCAACUGUUCAGCCCCACCUAACUUGUAAACCAAUACCAAAAUAGUAGAACAGAAGUUGCCAGGGACACUCUGUUAAUACCCAUUUUGAAUGGAUUGCCAUCUUUCAGGGCUCGUCUACUCUAAACUGGCUCUCUCCCUUUCUUUUGUGUAGUCUUCUGUAGUAAUAAUGAGGUUAGUUAUUAAUUCUUUAUAAGUAUUUAAACAUAAUUAUAUAAAUAUAUAUAUUAUAUUUUUUGCUGUCUACUAAGCUAAAAAUUAUCCAUUGUUCCACACAUGCUGCUGUGAAGUUCACGUCCAAAAUGAAUGCUGGGGGUUUGAGGAUAGAAAGAUAAGUUCUUCUGCCAUCUUUCUAUUGAUAGGAAUUGGCAGGUUGAGAGGGAAUUGGAGAAGGAGAGAGAGAUUAGAUGGAGUUCUUGAGGCUAACAUGUCAGCUAAUCAUCUUUUUGUGAGCUUGGAGCUGGGCCCACUUUGAGGAGAUGGGGCGUUGCAAUGACAACACUAAGAGGCAUGAGAAGUUGGGUGGGACUACCUACUGGUGAUGGGUCCAGGAGAACUAGACUUUGGUUCUUGAGUAUCCAUCCAAAAAGAAUAUAUUCACUUCUCAGAACUGUUAGUUGGAGGUGGUGAGACCUGGGACUUUCUACACUUCCAUAUGUACCUGCUCCAAGUGUGGCUCUCAGCCUAUCCGUCAGUCAACAAGUUAGUAUUAGGGCUCAUUCUCUGAUCACCAGGAUUACAGGAACUCACGCAUUCCUCAUACUUGGCCUGUGGUCUCACUCCUUCUGAGUCCCCAAGCCUGAUCAUCAUUCACAGCCACAGGACCGAUUGUUGAUUUUCUGGGGAAAAAAUAUGUUAUGGAAAUGACAUAGGAGAAAGGUGGGAGGAGAUAAGAGAUGCAAGUACAGGCAAGGAUGGAGGAGCCAAGGGAGGCCAUAGAGAGGGGAGAGGUCAGGGGUAAAUCAGAGCCCAGGGCAGGAGGAUGAAAUGAGUCAAGGAGAGACUCGGCCUUGUUGCAAGUCUCCAAAGCAGACCAAGGGGGAUCCUUUGAACCAUGCAGAAUCUGAGGCAAAUUCUAUUCAAGUGCGAUGUAUCCAAUCUGUGACCCAGAGAUUUUGAUUUGAGCAAGCUCUGGAAACACAUGGAGCAAGGGUGACACUCUGUGGGGAGAGAGAAAAAUUUCAGCCAUUUAGGGUCCAUUUUGUUGUCAUUAUCUCUUCUCGUUCAAUAGAUGGACUGUCUGUGAAAUGACCACGUUAACUGCCUCCGUUUAUGUCCGAGGCUUUCUCUUUGUGCCUGUGGUCUGUUGCAGUUGUGCUUUGGUAAUGAUUUCUGUAUUAGGUCUUGGGGAAAGAGAGUAAUGAGCUAAUUUCUUGUUCAACACCCCAGUUUGUCAUCUCAGGAAGGGUUGGCGGCUUGCCUCCCUCAAAGCUUCUUCUCUGGUGGAAGUGAAGAGCAGACGAAAACGAGAGAGCAGCUUUGGUCUCUCUGGAUCGUCUGCUCUCUGGCUCUGACCACAGGUUUUCUGCUGUUCCCAUCAACACUGAAGCAAUGGCCCUGCAAAUAGGAGGAGGAAAUAUUACCCACCACUCUCUUGAGCCAGACUUCAUGUAGGAAAGAACGAUAUUCUGGAAUGGAAUAAAAAGGAGAAGAGGAUAUACACAUAUUUAUCUGUGGGGAUAUGAAAUGAAGUAGCAGAAUCAUUGGAGAAAGGAAAGAGCAGAGUUUGCCCAUCCCAAAACACUCUUGUCCUCUAUAUUUCUAGCCAUAAGGGAAAGGAUAGCCUGGCUACCUACUGUUCGUUAUCUGCAUUCACAUUUAUUGCCCCUAAGAAGAGAAUAAAUAUUUAUUUCUGGGAUUCUGAUAGGCUUCAAUGUGGAAAGGAGAGUGGAAAAGUUUAGAUUCUCCGUGAAAAAAAAGAGUUGUAUAGUUGUUUUCUUGGGGAAAGUAUCCCAUUUCCUGGAAGUGUGUCCAGGUCUGUGUAGGGGAAUCCUGCCCCGUCUGAGAUUGGGGCCACGGACGAGUUAUCCUGGGCAUUGCCCAGCUCAAGAAGGCUACAGCCCCCACAAGAAUGCGGAGCCUGUGGUUCAUGCCAGUGUGGGUCUGUGCUCAGUCUCUCCACAGGGGUAACAGUGAGAACAUUGCUCUUUCAUACUUCAUGUAAAAAUAUUUCAUUCUGCGUUGGCAGCCUCUGCAAUUCACCACUGCCCUGGGAAGGCAAGAGCACAGUUCCUGUGGUGUGUGGAAAGCCCCUCAGGCUGUAGGCUGCCCAGCCUUAGUCAGCUCUGGCCAUUCAGAGACAGCAGGUUCUUCCAGCCCUUGUCCCUGGGGCCUAGUGUUGUGAGCGCCUCAGGUCACUAAUCAAGUUGAAGGAUUGACACACCAUGGUUACAGAUCCCCAGUGGAUAUCAGCUCACGCUUGCUCCGUGUGGUGGUCUGUGUUCUGCUGCUCUUACCCAUCCAUGGGGUCACGGAGGGCCUCUCCCAGAGGCUCUUCUGUUUCUUUGUUCCCAAAUCACCUCUCUGCAUCCUCUUUUUCUUAGUAACUACGGCUCUGGUGCCCUGGUUGCCCAUGGCUAGCUGACUCUGAUGAUUAGCGUGACAGCCUCCAACCAGAGAGAUGAGAGGACAGAGUGAGGAGAAUGGGCAGCUGGCAAACUUGUAUGUCAAAAGUAAAGAGCUCCUCUUGGUUCUCUCCUUUCCUUCCCUCCAUGACAAGGCAUUGGACUUGGCACUUCCUCUACUCUGUGAGAUCACUAUUGAGUGCGUCAGUUAGCACCCCAAGGGGAUGGCUUGAUUGGGAACACGGUGAAAGGAGCUGAUCUACUGUAUUGUAAUGUAAAACAGCUACAGCCAGUGAUUUUGUAAGAUUAAAAGAUGUUCAUUAAAAAAUCA